AUGGGGAAGACGACGCCCGAAACCCGCCGCGCGCCGUUUAUUCUCAUCACCGGCGUCCCCGGAAGCGGGAAGACGACGCUCGCGGACGCGCUGGCGGCGCGCAUCGACGCCCGGCGGCUCGAUGUCGGGGCGCUGUGCGCGGCGGAGGGAUUUCACGGCGCGUACGUCGAGGCGAUGGACACGCACGAGCUCAGAGAGGACGCCCUGCUCGAUCGCAUGGAGGAGGUCUUGUGCGAGCGCGAAGCGCAUGGGGAGGCGUGCGUGGUGGAUUAUCAUUCGUGUGAGUUGUUCCCAGAGCGAUGGUUUGAUUUAGUCGUCGCGUUGACGUUGGUGGAGCACACGAGCGAGCUGUACGAACGGUUGGAGGCGAGAGGGUACGGAGAGAAGAAGAUUCGAGAGAACGUGGAGUGUGAUAUUUUUCAAGUCGUCGUGGAGGAGGCGAAGGAUUCGUACGAGACGGUUUGGGUGCGGUCGAACGCGACGCUGGACGACAUGGAGAACACGGUUGAGGAGAUCGCGCGGUGGGUCGAAUCGCGCACAUAG